GUCGGCCCCGCGGACUCCGCCGGCCGCCGUAGCCGGAACUGCUCCUGUUCGCCGCGGGCCGGGCCUCAGGGAGGCUGAGGGGCGACAGCACCGGCGCCCGCAGCCUUCUCAGCCGCACGCCGACCGCCGAGGGGACGUGCCGGGGCGAGUGCCGCUCGGCGACUGCUUCUGAGGCGGGAGGACCACACCGGCGUUGCGGUCUCUCAGCAGCCGGCGCUCGGGGGCCGGGCUGCCCGACUUGGCCGGUUCUGCGGGCGCCCGGGAGGACCCCGGCGGGCCCGGGAAGCCAGGCUGCUGCGAGGCGUUGAUGAAAAAGGAUGACAGUGAAGUUGGGAGACGGCGGCGGCGGGGAGGACGGGCUCAAGAGGCUGGGCAAGAGGUCGGCCGAGGAAGACUCGCUGGAAGGAGAGGGGCCCGGCGGCGGGGACGCGGCCGAGGAGAGCGGCGGCACAAAGAGGGACGGCAAGACCCCCCGGGACGGCGGCGACGGCCCCCAGGCCCCCUCGGGCGGCCCGCAGGCCCCGUCCCCGCCGCCCGCCUGCCCCCAGGAUCAGCACCACUUCCUCAGGUCCAGCGUGAGGCCGCAGAGCAAGAGGCUCAGGAAGGACUCGUCCUGCGCCGGGGGGAGCAGCAGUGCGGGCAGCUCCGGGCCCCGCGGGAAAGGAGCUGAUGGUGGUGGAUCGUCGGCUGCAAAUGGGCCUGGGGUUGCCCCUGCCGCCCCUGCAGGGGGAUCUCGCUCCUCCUCCAGGAACUUGGGGUCUUCGAGUGGGGAGAAGGAGGAAGGCAAGAAGGUUCGGCGGCAGUGGGAGUCCUGGAGCACAGAGGACAAAAACACCUUCUUUGAGGGGCUGUACGAGCAUGGGAAGGACUUUGAGGCAAUCCAGAACAACAUCGCUCUGAAGUACAGGAAGAAGGGCAAGCCAGCCAGCAUGGUGAAGAACAAGGAGCAGGUGCGCCACUUCUACUACCGCACGUGGCACAAGAUCACCAAGUACAUCGACUUCGACAACGUGUUCUCCCGUGGGCUCAAAAAGUCAUCCCAAGAGCUGUAUGGCCUCAUCUGCUACGGGGAACUGCGCAAGAAGAUCGGGGGCUGCAUGGACGACAAGAAUGCCACGAAGCUGAAUGAGCUCAUUCAGGCUGGGGCCACCACAGUCCGGUACAAAGGGAGGAACCUGCGGAUCAAAGCACCCAUGUGCCGCGCCUUGAAGAAACUCUGUGACCCCGAUGGCCUGAGUGACGAAGAGGACCAGAAGCCAGUGCGCCUGCCCCUGAGGGUCCCUGUGGAGCUCCAGCCACGGAACAACCACGCCUGGGCCCGCGUGCAGAGCCUCGCCCAGAACCCACGGCUCAGGAUGAUCGUGGAGCUACAUCGGAAGGUCUCCAGCCUCAUUGAGUUCCUGAAGCAGAAGUGGGCACUUCAUGAAGUGCGAAUCCGGAAGACGCUGGAGGAGCGGCAGCUGCAGGACUCGUUCUCGGAGCCGUCGCAGGAGAAGGUGGCGCUGCACUUGUUCCCGGGCGAGAAUUGCACCCUGACACCGCUGCCAGGUGUGGCCCGGGUGGUUCACUCCAAGGCCUUCUGCACGGUGCACUGGCAGGAGGGCGGCCGGUGCAAGCAGAGCGCCAAGGACACCCACGCGCUGCCCCCAGCCCAGAUCCUGGGCAUCCAGAGCGGGCAGGGCACGGCCAGGGGCCAGCUGAAGUGCCCCAGGGCCGUUUCUGAGGCCAAGGCCGGGGGGCGGCCCCCUCCCUCCACUGAUGCCUCACAGAGCUCCGGGGAGAGUUCCCCAGAAAGUGCCCCUGGGGAGGGGGCUGCCACGAGUUUCAGCAGCCCAGACGCCCCCGACAGGCUACCCCCGGGGCUGCAGGAUGCCGGGGGACGGCUUGAGAAGACCCCAGCAGCUGCCGCUGCAGAGGGCGGGGACGGCCCCGCCCAAGAGCCCGGGGCGCCAGUGUGUGCCUGCGGCCAGCUCCCAGAUCUGGAGGAUGAGCUGUCCCUGCUGGACCCCUUCCCCCGCUACAUGAAGUCAUGCCAGGACCUCAUCAUUCCCGAGCAGGGCCGCCGUGCGGACCCACGGCCCGCGGCCUGGCCCUCCCCAGAGGCCCGUGUCACGGAGGGGGCUGACCUCAGCCGGGCCAGGGCCCCAUCCCCUGUCCGUGGCCCACCUGGCCCGGAGCCUCAGCCCAGCCCUGGGCUCCAGCCAGACGUCUGCACUAAAGACUUGGCGGACGCACCUGCGGAGGAGCCUCAGGAGAAGGUGAGCCCUUCGGAUCCUCCACCUCAGGGCCAGCCUGCCACCAAGCCUCCAAAGGACGUCCCGGCCAGCCGGCUGGCCCAGCAACUGCGCGAGGAGGGCUGGAACCUGCAGACCUCCGAGAGCCUCACGCUGGCUGAAGUCUACCUCAUGAUGGGCAAGCCCAGCAAGCUGCAGCUGGAGUACGACUGGCUGGCGGUGCUGGGCCCAGACGCCCCAGGACCCCACGCCAGCUCACCGCCCGCCGCCUUCCACAAGCAGCGCCUUCUCAGCUGCCUCCUGAAGCUCAUCUCCACUGAGGUCAACCCCCGACUGGCUCCAGAGACGAACACUGGCUCCACAGCCUCUGUGAGGCCCGCCCAGGAGGAGCAAUCAACAACACCGCCAGGAAAGGUGGUGACCGUGAGCUCCCGCAGCCCGCGCUGCCCCCGAAACCAGGCUGCCCUCCGCCACAGCAAGGCCUUCUCGCCCAGCUCCGUACCUUGCUCCUCAGGUCUGAGAAACCCUCCGAGGCCCCUCUUGGUGGCCAGUCCCGCCAGCACGGGCAGCAGCGACUCAGAUGGUGGCCUUUUUGCCGUCCCAACGACGUUGCCGCCCAACAGCCGGCAUGGGAAGCUUUUCUUUCCCAACAAGGAGACAGAGCUGACGUUCCGGCAGCACCUGAGCUCCAUCAGUAUGCAGUCGGACUUUUUCCUGCCAAAGCCCAGGAAGCUGCGAAACCGGCACCUGCGGAAGCCGCUGGUGGUCCAGAGGACGCUGCUUCCGAGGCCAUCUGAAAACCAGUCCCACAACGUCUGCUCCUUCUCCAUCCUGUCGAAUUCCUCUGUGACCGGGAGAGGCUCCUUCCGGCCCGUCCAGUCCUCCCUGGCCAAAGCAGCUGUGUCCCGGCCAAUCGUGCCCAAGGUCCUACCCCCACAGGCCACAGGCCCCCUGGCCAGUGCUAUCGACCUAGCAGCCAAAAGUGCUGGCAUCAUCCCUGGGAGCCCCCUGCCAGUCCUGGACACGGAUGGCUUGUCUGGCAUCGCCCCGCUGUCUUCAGAUGAGGUGACGGCAGCUGUCACGGGGCCGGACUCCACCGGCCACCACCAGAAUGAAGACCCCCUCCCCGCUGUAGGGGCCACAAGUGACCCAUUCAUCAGCGUCCCCUCGAGGCAGGAGCCAAUGGCCGACGGUUUCCAGAACCCACCCGUUCUCUCCUUGUCCGAGCUGUCCAAGGCCCCUGUCCACAAUGGGCUCUCCACACCGCUGCCCUCCUCGGACCCCUCCAGCACGCGGCUCUCCCCGCCUAACGUCUCUGCCCUGCUGGACAUCUCCCUGCCCGGCCCACCUGAGGACGUGCUCUCGCAGGGAGAGCCCGCCACACACAUCAGUGACUCCAUCAUUGAGAUCGCCAUCAGCUCCGGCCAGUACGGUGAAGGAGUCCCCCUCUCUCCAGCAAAACUGAAUGGCAGCGACAGUUCCAAGAGCCUGCCCUCCCCAUCCAGCAGCCCCCAGCCAGACUGGAUCGCCUCUCCCACCCACGACCCCCAGUGGUGCCCUAGCGACCCCACGGACUCGUCCCUCAGCAGCUUGUUCGCGAGCUUCAUUUCCCCGGAGAAGAGCAGGAAGAUGCUGCCCACCCCUGUCGGGACCAGCAGCGGCACCUCCCUGCUGGGCCCCAGCCUGCUGGACGGGAACUCACGAGACUCCUUUGUGUCCCGGUCCCUGGCUGACGUUGCUGAGGUUGUGGAUUCGCAGCUGGUGUGCAUGAUGAACGAGAACAGCGUUGACUACAUCUCUCGGUUCAACGACCUGGCCCAGGAGCUGUCCAUUGCCGAGCCCAGCCGCCGGGAGGCUCUGUUUGACGGCGGGGGAGGCGGCCCCCCAGUCACUGACCUGUCCCAGUGACGGUGCCUCGUGGUGGAGGCAGCUGGGGGCUGCGAGGGCGGUGGACCGCGUUGGUGGUCCUCAAGUGUCCGGGGGAACUGUCUUCAGACGGGAGGAAACGCAGGUCAAGUUGGGACUCCCUGGAGACAGUCUGAGCAGAGGCAUCUCAGCACCCAGGACGCAUGAUGUGCACACAGCCCCGUCCUGCCGGCCAAGGAGCGGGGCCAGGACGUGUGGAGUCUGGCAGGGCCAGCAUCAGCUGUGGCGGUGGGGUCAAGCCACCUGUGGCAGGGGCGUGGGUCAGGGUCUGUACGGUGCCCAUACUUCCACCUUGGUGGUUGUGUUGGACGUUUAGGGGUUUCUUUUCAAGAGGACGGAGCGUUGGGCCUGGCUUUCAUUGUUGUGGCCUGGGGAGCUGUGACCUCCUGCCUUCUGCAGGGAGGCCCCAGGCCACUGCUGCCUUCUCUCUGCCAAAUCCUUUCUGUGCUCCGGUGGUUGUCUCUGCAGCCGGACAGCGGGCUGUGGCCUGGCUCUGCCUGGUGGUGUCUGCACCGUGACAGCAGACACUGCAGGGGACACCCCGCUCACAGGGCAGCAGGGGGUCCCGGGCAGCAUGCUGAGUGCCGUCUCUCUAGAAAUCCUGGUUCCACCUAGUGCUUCCCUCACCUGGGCUUUUGUCCUGACUGACUCAACAGGACGGGGAAGAGAAUCAUGUCUUCUGUGGGCUGUGUGGACUUCCUGCUGAGCUGGUCAGAAAAUGUUCUUGUAUUUUAAGAAUUAGACGGUGGAGACAUUGGAAGAACAGGUCCCUGUUCAGUUGGUUUCUUCCCCGCAUCCAUCUGCAGGUUUCUUCUCAGUGACCUGAGAUGUUUCUCUCACCAGGGGAUCCCUGAGCACUCGUUUGACUACAGAUUAGACCUUCCUGAUGACCUUGACUAUCUUUGACACCUUCCUCCCUGGCGUCUUGGACAGAUGCCCUUUGCAGGGGAAGUUCUUUCUUCCUCUUGUUGACGUCAGUGCAGAGUAUGCCCAAGUGCACGUAUACAGUCCUUUGCUUGCACUUUGCCUCAUGGUCUCCUGCUUCUCUUCCUUCUUUCUGUCCCUUCCGGGAAUCCAGGCAGGGAUCAGACAUCGGGCACAGUCAGAGUGCGCCGAAUCCACCUCCCUCUGGUGUGCUCCUUGCGCCGUCUCGGGUGACCAGCAGGGAGUCCGGUGUCCAAGCUUUCCCCAGUGGAGCUUAACGGGGCUCCUCUGUCUCCUCGGCCUUGGUGGGCCCAAGGCGCAGACCACCCUCCAGGCACACCCCUUGUGGGCGGGCGCCAGUGCUGUGAUGCUGGGCUCCCAACCCAUCCGCUGCCCACCCUCCACCUGGCAGCUGCAGUCAGUGUGGCUUCUUGAAUCCGGCCCAGCCCACCCUGUUUGUGUCUGUCCCCUCACCUCCCCCCAGCUCGCAGUGGACCGGCAGUCUUCCCAGCCAGCCUGGCCUCUCCUCUGGCUCCUCCCCUGCCCUUGAGAGUUGAGCCAGUAUGCAAGGCAGAGCAGAGGGUCCUCGGCAUGUGCCUGCGGAGGGGCCACUCAGCCCCACCGCCUCCCCAGCUCCCUCCUGCCUCGAGCUUUCCCAGAGCUCCGGCCUGUCAGGGGUCUCCCUUUUUCAGCUCUGGAUCUGGGCACAGACAUCAGAGGAAAAGCCUGUGUGGGCAGUUACUCUGGGCCCUUGAGAAGAGCGUUCCAAGCCCCUGGAGGUCUGAAAGAAAGGGGCGUAGCACCGCUUUGUGAGGGGAGACAGCAGUAUUUGAGUCCACAGUCUAAAUUAGCUUGUGUGUUGUGAUCAGUGUAUCAGCUUCCUGAAGUUAGCACCUUAUCGAGCCAAACAAGAUCAGUAGAUCUGUCUCUGGGCAUCCGACUCUGCUAGAUCUACAGUGGGCUGGGCCGAGGUUAGGCUACUACCAGCUUUCUCCUUUCCCCACUGUCUGGGACCAGCGAUGCCAAGUCACGUUACUGCACCCAUGCUGGGGGCAGUGCCCAGUGGCAGCACGCACCGCACUGGGGACCAUAGAGACCCCAGACUGUUCAUCCAUCAGGGGGCGCCCCGAGGCGGUCUGGUGGGGAGGUGGGUACCUGUCACCUGGUGAUGUCUAGCAUGAGGAAAGCCCUGGAGAUUUGGAUCAGCCUUUGUCUCAGCAGCACCUCCUGUCUGCGUCUCGCACAUAGACUCCAUGUGGGAGUAGCCGACCGGCCAAUGUCUGCAGUGGGGAGGUGGGUUGCCGAGGCGAGGAUUGACUCUUCUCACCUGUGAAGCUGACAUGAUUACAGAGAAUGCUGCUUCUCUAGAAACCAGACAGGUGUGUUUGCUUGCCAUAAUAAGGGAAAGUGGUGUCAUAUGUAGCAUUAAGAUGUUGGAUGCAUUUUCUCCCAGCCUGAAUAAUUAUAUAUGUACGCAAAUAAGCAACUGUUACAUUCAAGGCUGGGAUUUUUCAAAAGACCCAAAUGGAGAAGCCUCCCACUUCCAGCAUCUCCCUCUGCCUUUGCAGUGGAAGGUGUGAUCGUCUCUUUCCGCACUUAUGGCCUCCUUUGUAUGUUGAAGUAUGUUGUGAUUAAGGCCAGGUCAGUCUCAGAAAAGCCUUUCUGUCAUCACUGACGUCAUCAGGGAUCUUUCUGCUGGCUCAUCUCCCCUAAAGAGUGAGACUGAACAGCCCCCGUCUCUAGGCAGUUGUUUUUGUCUUGAUUCUUCAUUGUGAAUACUCAGUGAUGAGCAGUCCAUUCUUCAGAAGGUAAAGAGGCCAGCUGAUGGUCCCCUCUGUCUCCUGGGUGUAGAGUACUUGCUCAGGGUGGAGGGAUAUUUGGAACCCUUUCAUGGGCUGAUCUACUCGCUUUCCCGCAUCAGUCCUGUUCUCCAUUCUGUACCACAGCCUCAUUACUGGUGGUGUCUCUUCAGUUUAAUAGCAUUUUUAACGCAAUCACACCACUGAAUCCAAACAUGUGCAAAGAAAGGCCAUGGAAUAAAAAACACUUGAAACAAAUGGGAGAAGGAAACUGGCAGUUGCUUUUUCUUUUUCACGUUGAAAACUAUCCCAGAUGCAUUUAGGAGGAAAUAUGGCACUUUUGUCUUAAAAAAGAAAAACCCAGAGCAAAUCUUUCCUGGCUGUCAGACAAACUCCUAACCCUGCAGUACCUUGUAUGUCGUGUGAGGGGAGCAAGUCCUGGAAGCUCUGCAGCAGCCCGCCCUGCUGUUCCGUAGCAGGAUAGCCUGCUCCCGGGCUUCUGGGAAGCAGAGAUUAUUGCUGUUUCUUCUAAUAAUCGUUAAGCCAUAUCAUCUGAAGUUUUCGGCUUGUUUGAGAUGUGAAUUUGUUUUAUAGAUUAUAAAUAUACAGUGUAUGUAUAAAGCAGAAUGCCUGUCCUUCCUGAUUAUUUUUUGUACCAUAUUGUAAAUUAUAUUAUUUAUUCUUUACCAAUUUGGGGAAUAAAAGGUGUUUGGUUAUUUAAUAUAAUAAAAGCUGUUAAACUUCUUAUGUUUAAAUUUCCAGUUGAACUUGUAAAUCUGUUUUUAUUAUUGUGCAUAAAUACAAUACUAAUACUUGGUCUAAUAA